UGGAGAGGGGAACAGACCUGCAUUCUGAAGCGGUGCGCGCUCCCUCUCUCUCUCUCUCUCUCCCUCUCCCUCUCUCUCUCUCCCUCCCUAUCUCUCUCUCUCUCUCACCCACAUUGCAGUCCUGUCACGUUCCCUCUGCUCCCCCCAUCCGCCUCAACCGCUCCAGGAGAGGAAAGGAGAGAGGGAAGGAAGAGUGCAGCUGAAAAGCAAACAGCCAUGUCGACAGCCAACGCAUAAAGUCUCCCAUCGGCUGUUCGUGGAUAUCUUCGCGGGACCUGAUGCGGUGAGGGGUGGGUGUGUGCCGCUGCCCUGGGCUGGGCUGAAGGCAGAGGAGGUAGGAUGCUGUGGCUCUCCCUGCUGUCUGUGGUGGUCCUGGGUUGUGUGACCCCGACCCAGACACACACUCACACACACACCCCAACGCCAACCUCCACACACACCCCUAUGGUGGACAGCUCGGAGGAGGAGGUGGACGAACCGUGCUUCGAGCCAUGCACGUGCGAGGUGAAAGAGGGCGUGUUGCACGUGCACUGUGAUGGGCGGGGCUUUACUAACGCCAGCCAGGUGUCCCAGUCCUGGCUCCGCCCCUUCAAGCUCAACCUGCAGAGGAACUCCUUGAGGCGUCUCUAUAGCAACGGCUUCCUGCACCAUAGCAAUGCCGUGGCGAUAAACCUAGGCAACAACGCGCUGCAGGACAUCCGUGCCGGGGCGUUUCAUGGUCUGGGGACACUGAGACGCCUCUACCUCCACGAGAACAAGCUGGAGGUGUUCCGCAACGACACCUUCUCUGGUCUGGAGGCACUGGAGUACCUGCAGGCCGACUACAAUGUCAUCAAACGCAUCGACAGCGGGGCACUACGCUACCUGCUUAAAUUACGAGUGCUCAUCCUCAACGACAACCUGAUCCCUGCUCUGCCUCCUCACCUCUUCAGAUCUGUGUCUCUGACCCACCUGGACCUGCGGGGGAACCGUCUGAAGAGCCUGGCCUACGCCGGGACCCUGGAGUACGUGGGCCGUAGCCUGAUGGAGCUCCAGCUGGAGGAGAACCCCUGGAUCUGUGGCUGUGAGACAGUCCAGCUGCAGACCUGGCUGGGACACAUCCCCUACACCGCAGUGGUGGGGGACAUCACCUGCGAAUACCCCUUCCACCUGCACGGGAAAGACCUGAGGGAGAUACCACGCAAAGAACUGUGUGCCGGAGAGGUGGAGGGAGAGGGGGAGAAGGAGGGAGAGAGGGAGAAGCACGGAGGGGUACAGCCUCCUCAGCAUCCGCCCUCUAACCCAAAAGCGAACCCCAAGCCUGGGAGGCCCAGACCCACCAAGCCGUCCUCUAUGGUUCACCAUCAGAACACACAUACCUCAUCUUCGUCGACUUCUUCAUCAUCGGUGGAGCGGAGGGGGAGAGAGAGGUCCCCUCGGCCCACUAAGCAUCCCAGGCCCUCCAGGACAUCCCCCACCCAGCGUAGCCUCCUCCCCAACCAGCCCCCUCCUAUCGCAGGGUACCAGACUCGCCCCCCCAUCCCCAUCGUAUGUCCUCUGGGGUGCACCUGUAACCUCCACAUCUCAGACCUAGGGUUGACAGUCAACUGUAAGGAGAGCGGCUUCCAUAAUGUGUCCCAGCUUACACCACGCCCCCUCAACGGACGGAAGCUGUACCUCAGCGGCAACCUCAUCCAGCGGAUCUAUAAGUCAGAUUUCUGGAAUUUUUCCAGUCUGGAUCUACUUCACCUGGGAAACAACAGGAUCUCCUUUAUUCAGGAGGGAGCGUUCUCCAGCCUGCCGACCCUGAGGAGUCUCUACCUGAACGGCAACAACCUGCAGAGGCUUAGCCCAGACAUGUUCCUGGGUCUACUUAACCUCAGGUAUCUGUACUUUGAGUACAAUGAGAUCGGUGUGGUGGAGGCGGGAGCGUUCAGCCCCAUGCCGUCUCUCCAGCUGCUCUUCCUCAACGCCAACCUGCUGAGGUCACUUCCUAUCGGAGUGUUCCAGGGCAUCUCCCUCUCUCGCCUCAACCUCCGCAACAACCACUUCCUCAGCCUGCCUGUAGAGGGGGUGUUAGAGCACCUCACUGGACUGGUGCAGGUGGACCUGCAGCAGAACCCAUGGGAGUGCCGGUGUGAUGCGGCCCCUCUGAAGCGCUGGCUGGAGGGCCUGAGUGCGGUGGUGGUGGUGGGGGAGGUGGUCUGUCACUCACCAGAAGAGACCACAGGUACAGACCUUCGCUCUCUUUCCCUGGACCUCCUCUGUCCAGACCUGGACACCCACCAGGCCACGGUGGAGAACCAGGGGGAGUGGAACAGCUCCACAGCCCCAGACGGUGAUUUCUCUCUGGGCUACCCCGUGCCAGGCCAUGGCCCCCUAGGUCCCCUCCCUAAGACUUCCAUCCCUCUGUCGGUAUUGGUGCUCAGCCUGCUGGUGCUGUUCGUGUCGGCGUUCUUUGCGGCAGCGGCGCUGAUCGCCUAUGCCCUGAGGAGGCGGGACAAGCUGCCGUUCCGGCGGCAGGGAGAGGUGGAUCUGGCCGGGAUCCAGAUGGAAUGUGGGAUAUUCACCGAGCAGCAGCACCACAGGUUACCGGUACCGAAGACCCCUCCUCCUCUGUCUGCCUUGCAGCAUAGCCUUGUCUACGAUAGCAUCCUCCCCGCCGACCCUGGCCCUAACCCUAACCUCAGUCCCUCAACACACAUGUGCAGUAGCCCAGUCUAUAAGAAUGAGGAUGAUUCAGUGGUGAAGCAGCAAUGGCAACAACAGAAGCAGCUCUCUGCUUCCACAGAGAAAGGGAACGUGGGAAAAUACCCCUCGGCGGGGGAGAGAGAGAGCGAAGGACACUAUCGUUUUGUGGCAGAGAGAGAGCGAGAGUGUAACAUGGAGGUGUCCCGUCCCCCCAUCAGUACCGUUGCCGGGGCAGUGGGACCCCCUCUUUCAGAUCUCCGUGGAAACGGGACCCUCUGCCCAACGGUCAUAGACAGCCAGGGCCCCACCCCCAAGGUGGGAUUGGUUGACUGCCUGUUUGGGAUCUCUGGAAUGUCCGCCGCCGUCCCAGAGUUCCGAGACCUGCCGGACAGGUAUACACGUCCCCCACCACCCCGCUAUCCCCACCCUCCACAACCCCCUCAGCCCCCCGAACCCAAAGAGGAAACUAGAGCCAGCCAAUCACUCGUGGUUACUACAGUGACAGCGUGCGCGGGGCCAAGCAGUAGUAAUCAGAGCCAGAACUCAGAGUUCCCGCGAGAGUUGAGAAUGAGACUCAGUACCAAGCCGGAUUACAUGGAAGUCCUGGACAGAUCUUAUCAGUUCUAAUAGAUGUUCUAAUGUUACUAUGGAACUGCUGGCGAUGACAAGAAAUGGCUCCUGUAAUAUGUAUAUGAAGUUACUCUUAGAUGAGGCUUUGGAAAGGAUAAGCUGAUCCUAGAUCAGUGCCUGAGACUAGCAAUUAUUUUUUGUACCGUUGAUGACUAAAUACUAAGUAUCAGGCUUUUUUUAUUCCCAGCAUCACAAAGCAAGACAAUGUGGUGUGUGUGUGUGUGUGUGUGUGUGUGUGUGUGUGUGUGUGUGUGUGUGUGUGUGUGUGUGUGUGUGUGUGUGUGUGUGUGUGUGUGUGUGUGUGUGUGUGUGUGUGUGUGUGUGUGUGUGUGUGUGUGUGUGUGUGUGUGUGUGUUUUCAUGUUAAACAAUGUGGUGGGUGGGUGUGUGUGUGUGUGUGUUCAUGUUAGACAAUAUAGUGGGCGUGUGUUUGUUCAUGUUAGACAAUAGAGUGUGUGUGUUCAUGUUUUCUCUCGAAAGACCUGCUGAUGAGACACUCAGUUGCUCUGCCUCUCCAAUAACAUCAUGAAACACAGUGUGAGAGAGAGAGAGAGAGACUGAGACACAGGGAGGAGUCAGAAAUGAAGUGGUAAAGAGAGGGGGGUGUAAACGCAGAGUCCCAGUCUGACGGUCGUCUAAUGUAGCAUGUAACACUUUCCAUAUGAAAAGAAUGUGGAAGAGGUGUUGAAGUGGGUUUACCCUGGACACUACAUCCCUGGUAUUAGUGUCACUGUGUCUGAGUGUUACCGUGGACCACAGGAUGCUGGUGGUACAUUCAUUGAGGAGGACGGGCUCAUUGUAAUGGCUGGAACAGAAUAAUGGAAUGGUAUCCAACAUGUGUUGGGUCCCAUUCCAUUCACUCUGUCCCAGCCAUUAUUAUGAGCCGUCAUCCUCUCACCAGCCUCCUGUGGUGUGGAAAGAGGAAGAAAGAGAUAUGACACAGUCAAGUGCCUUAGCAAUUAGCAGCCAGACCUGGGUCUAAUACACAUGUCCGAUACGUUCAAAAAAGUGCUUGAGAUGAGUACACACUUAUGGGGCUAUUCCGUUGGUGCCACAGUUGUACUGGGCAAACUAACUCAAAGGCAGCUCAAGUACAGUAUUUGAAUGUAUUUGACACACGUAUUUGACCGGGGCCUGCAAGCAGCCAGCAAGUGGUCAAGGCUUAUUUUUCUAUGAACACAAAUCUAUUUAUCUAAACAGUGGUUUGAAUACUAAUGGCUGGGACUCAGAGCUGCUCUGGGAAAUUGAGGGCCCUAUUCAAUCAAAAGCUGAAACAGUAUUUCCCAGAUUAUAGUCAAAAGUAGCCUUCCUCAUGUGAAGAGAUAGAGGCGUAUACUUGCAUUUGUAAGAGUUUAUUUGUGUUUGUAUAUUUGCAUUUCCUGAAUAGGACAUUUCCUGAAUAGGUUCUCAGGUGGAAUAUAAGGACCUUUGUGAUGCAAGAGAACCAUGAGACACAGCUAUAAACUCCUACAGGGGAUGCUGACUUGACUACUUUCAUCGGACAAACGGCAGUCAAGUCACUUCAUUGGAUUUAAAGUGGGGAAAAUAUCAGAAAACCAGGACGAAGCGUUUCGACACGGGAGAGACACUUCUAUGAAAUAUCGAUUAUUAUCUUUUAAAGGACAUACCUUUUAUGCUUUUAUCUCCUACAAAUAUUAGAGGAAAUUGUGACUAUAUUUAUUCUUAGUUUCUUGUGUGUUGGAGCUUUGCUACUGUAUGGGAUCAUAUUAUAUCAGUGUAUAGCAAAGAUGGCCAAUCCUCCUCCUGGAGAGAUACAGGGUGAUUUCCACUGGUUACCACAGCCACAAAGUCAAGAUUGGCCACAUGUAAAAAAUAUAUGGGAUUUUUUUGUUGGCUUUUUGGUCUUAAUUUAAGGUUAGGGUAAGGCAUAAGGUUAACAGUGUGGUUCUUGUUAGGAUUAAGAUUAUUGUUAGGUUUAAAAUCUAAUUUUAAGAAGAUACUUUUUUGAAAUAGGCAGAGUUUACCCAUAACUACGACUUUGUGGCUGUGGAAGCUAGUAACAGCCCUAAUGUAGCUCCAGCCCAACAUAAACACUCCUCAUGUUAGUGAUGAAACUCAGCUUGUUGAGAGGGCAUCUCUGCAGGAGGAAGUUUGGCCAGCCCUGGUGUAAAGGACAAUUCUGCAUCUGGUUUAGCCUUCUCUACACUGACCACAUAAUAUAUACAAUAAAGGGUGCUACUCUAAAACCAUGGCCUGAAUUACAC